AAGAAGACAGAGUUAGACAGAAAUACCAUUUACUUCAGAUCUACUGAUUCUGCAAGCUUUCAAUUCUCGAGCUCGCGCAUGAGUUUUAUUGCCUUCAAUCCUUUGUGUUCUCCAUUUCCUCCAUCUUCUCUUUGCCUUACGCUGUUCAUUUGUGGAUAUCAAGCUACCGAACUCCGUGAUGUGUUAAAUGUCACCCGGCCACGGCUGGAACUGUACUCACCGGCGUUUCGUCGGAAUCCAGUUCAAUGAGGGUGCUUAUCUUUCCAGAUUGAAUCUUUUCAUGCUAUUGAACCGCGUUUUCGGGGUCAGUGUGGCAUGUGAAGGUGAGUUGGCGGAGGAGUGAGCGAAAAUGUUCCGGUCGACGAGAUGGAGGAGCGAGAAGCACAGAAUCAAAGCUGUUUUCAAGCUACAAUUCCGUGCUAGUCAGGUUCUGCAAUCUGGGGUAAAUGCAUUGAUAUUGUCUAUAAUUCCGGAGGACGUUGAAAAGCCAACGACGAGAUUAGAGAAAACAGCGGUUCGAGAUGGAGUCUGUAGAUGGGAAAAUCCGGUUUACGAAACAGUCAAAUUCACACGGGACCCCAAGACUGGGAAGAUCCAUGAGAGGAUAUAUUAUUUUGUCAUAUCAACGGGACUAAGGAAAGCAAAUUCCAUUGGGGAAGCUUCGAUUAACUUCGCUGAUUAUGCUGAGGCCGCGAAACCUUCCGCUCUCUCUCUUCAGAUCAAGAAUUCUCAAUGUGAUGCUGUUUUGCAUGUAUCAAUACAGAGGGUACAGGAAAAUGACGACAGAAGAGAAGAGGAGGAAUGCGAAGAAUCCAGAACAAAAUCCCAAGAUAGAACCUUGAGAACCUAUUUAAUUAAUGGAGAUGCGGAUGAAAGUCCUGCAAGUAAUUCUGCCGAGGAUGUCUCUUCCAAAGCAAUUACCCUUAGAACUGAAUUCAAUGCUGAUUGUAGGACAUCUAGCGGAUCUGAUCUUACAUUGUCCAGUUCUGGCAGCAGCUCAGGACUUGAUACUCCCAAAGAUCUUGGACUAAGAAAUAAUAACAUCCAUCAGAAGCCACAUGGUUUGGUUUCAUGUAUUGCCCGCACCUCAGAGCCUCCGAAACCUUCUGAAAAUACUUCAACGUCAGUACUUGAUGAACCCCCAAGAUUAAACUGGGACUGGUCAGCUGAUUCGGAACGUGGUUUGAGUGCAGAUGAGUUGGUAAAUGGUUCUUAUGAUGCCCUUCCAAGAGAACGGUCUCAAGAGGCAUCGGAUAGGGAGAUUGAAAGACUCAAGGCUGAGCUUUCUGCUUUGACAAGGCAGGUGGAUGUGACAGACUUGGAAGUACAGACUCUUCGGAAACAAAUUGUCAAAGAAAGCAAAAGAGGGCACGAGCUCUCAAAAGAACUUGUUAGCUUGAAAGAGGAAAGAGAUGCACUCCAGACAGAAUGUGAGAAUCUUCGGUCUUUUUACAAACGUAUGGAUGAGGCCAAACUUAAAAGCAGUGAACAGUUGGAAACUGGUGAUCUGCGCACGCUUGUUGAGGAAAUUAGACAAGAAUUAAAUUAUGAAAAGGCUUUGAAUGCCAAUCUUCAGCUACAACUAAAGAAGACGCAGGAAUCAAAUGCUGAACUUGUUCUUGCUGUACAGGAUCUAGAUGGAAUGUUGGAGCAGAAAAAUAGAGAAGUAUGUAAUGUUUCCAAUAAUUACAGACUCAGUAAAAAUUUCCAAGAGUUGAGGGGAAAUCUCUCCAAAUAUGAAACAGAUGAUGAUGAAGAACAGAAAGUCCUGGAAGAUAUCGUUAAGGAGCACAGCAACAUUAAGGGGAGACACAUACUUGAGCAAAAGAUUAUUGACCUCUAUGGUGAAAUAGAGAUCUAUAGGAGAGACAAAGAUGAAUUAGAGAUGCAGAUGGAGCAGCUUGCACUUGACUAUGAGAUACUGAAACAGGAAAACCAUGACAUUGCAUAUAAGUUGGAGCAGAGCCAACUGCAAGACCAGUUAAAAUUGCAGUACGAAUGCACAUCUCCUGAAGCAGCACCAAAUGACCUUGAAACCCAUAUUGAGAGUCUGGAAAUUAAGCAGCAGGCAAAGUCGGAGGAUUUGUUAGAUUCUCUGGCUACCAUUAGGGAACUUGAAUCCCAAGUCAUAAGAUUGGAGGAAGAAUUGGAUAAACAUUCUCAAUCUUUUGAAGCUGAUCUAAAAGCUGUGACGCAUGACAAAUCUGAGCAGGAGCAAAGAGCCAUCCAAGCAGAGGACGCUUUGCAAAAGGCCAGAAUUCAUAUUGAGAGUCUUGAAAAUGAACUCAGGAAACAAUCCGAAGAUUUCUCAGAUUCUAUGACUACCAUUAAGGAACUUGAAUCCCAUAUCAGAUGUUUGGAGGAAGAAUUGGAGAAACAAGCACAAUCAUCGGAAGCUGAUCUAAAAGCUGCAACACAGGACAAAGUUGAGCAGGAGAAGAGAACCAUCCAAGCAGAGGAUGCAUUGCAAAAGACCAGAAUCCAUAUUGAGAGUCUGGAAUUUGAGCUCAAGAAACAAUUGAAAGAUCUCUCAGAUUCUGUGGCUACCAUCAAGGAACUUGAAUACCAUAUCAAAAGAUUGGAAGAAGAACUGGAGAAACUAGCACGAUCAUCUGAAGCUGAUCUAAAAGCUGUAACACAGGAAAAAGUUGAGCAGGAGCAAAGAGCCAUCCUCGCAGAGGAAGCUUUACAAAAGACCAGAAUUCAUAUUGAGAGACUUGAAAUUGAACUCAAGAAACAGUCAGAAGAAUUUUCAGAUUCAAUGGCUACCAUUAAUGAACUCGAAUCCCAUAUCAGAAGAUUGGAAGAAGAAUUGGAGAAACAAGCGGAAUCUUUUGAAGCUGAUCUAAAUGCUGUAACACAGGACAAAGUUGAGCAGGAGCAAAGAGCCAUCCGAGCAGAGGAAGCUUUGCGAAAGACCAGAAUAAAAAAUGCUAAUGCAGUUGAAAAGCUUCAAGAGGAAUUUAAAAGGCUAUCAAUGCAAAUGACGUCUACGUUUGUCGCAAAUGAGAAGGCUGCCAUGAAAGGAUUUACAGAAGCAAGUGAACUGCGUGCAGAGAAUAAUAUACUGAAAGAAAUGUUACAGAAGGUCAAAGAAGAGCCUCAGUCAGUCAAAGCACAUUACGAGGUGAAACUGAAUGAACUUUCCAAUCAAAUUGAUUCAAUGAGAGUUAAGACACAACAGAUGUUGUUGGAAAUUGAGGAUAAGUCCAAGCAACUUGAAAAUCAGAAGAAGGCUGAAGAAAAAGUUUGUAGAGAUCUUUUUGAGGAGAUGCGGAUUCUAAAGGCAGAGAAUGAAAAGCUUAAAGUAGAGAUUUUGCGCCUAUCCGAGCAAGUGGAGCAGAAAAAAGUUUUCAGAACCGACUUGGAACUUAUGAAGAAAUCACCUGAGGAGUCUGAGACUCCAAUACAGAGGGGAAUUGAAGAAAGAGAUGAGUUAGUUGAUACAAUUGCUUUAUUGAGGAAGGAAGCAGAGGAGUCUCUGGAUGAACUAAAUAAGAUUACUCAUCUCAAGGAUGAAAAAGAGACAUUGGCUGAGAACCUAAAAUCGGAGUUGGAAGUACUUCAAGCUCAAUACAGAGGUUUAAGACAUUCUCUUUUUGAGGAUGAAGCUGAGAAAGAAAAGCUUAGGAAGCAAAUUUUUGAGCUGAAGGGUGACUUAAUGAAGAAAAACAAUGCAUUAAUCAACAUUGAGAAGAAGGUCAAAGAUAAUAAGGGAUGUACACCACCUCCUGACGGAACUAGAGUUGUUCCAAAGAAUACAAGAUCUUCCUCAAGCCCUCAAAAUGCAGAAGAAAUGGCUAUUCUGAGGGAGAAAAUAACUACGCUUGAGAGCUUGAUAAAAUCAAAGGAAACUGCUUUAGAAACAUCGACAACCUCAUUUUUGAAGAAGGAAAAAGAACUCCAAGACAAAAUUGAGGAGCUGGAGAAGAGAGUGGAAGAAUUCAAUCAGAGUAGUGCUUUGCAAAAGGUUGCUGAGGUUAAAAGUAUUGCAACUUUAAAUGAUGAAUAUAGAGGAGUAAGAAGUGCAGUUGAGCAUCUUAACGGCACAACAAAUUCUUCCGAAGAAAAUGCGGUUGCAUUGUCAUCCUUCAAGAGUGAUAUGAAUUUGUCAAAGAGAGAAGUGAGAAAAUUCACGAUUGAUAAAGAUGGCAGCAAUUUUUGUGAGCUCUUAACUGAGUUAGGAUCAUUGAAGCAAAAAAACAAAUCAAUGGAAAUGGAACUGAAAGAGAUGCAAGAGAGAUACUUAGAAAUGAGUCUCAAAUUUGCUGAGGUAGAAGGUGAGAGACAAAAGCUUGUUAUGACAGUACGGAGCCUCAAGAGUGCCCAGAAGAGCUAAUUAGUUCUUCAGUUCAGAUAUCUAGCUUGUUUGUGUAUAGUUGGAGGAGGUGGGAGAUCUUAAGGUUAAAAAAUGAGAAUGGGAUUAAAAUUAAAUAAAUUAAUAAUAUGUAUAUUGGCAAGAUGAAAAUGAAUUUCUUCCCUUUUCUCUUUUGGCUUAAUUAAUGUUAAAUAGCUGCCCAAUUAGGUACCAUUUUACAAAUAUUUUUCUGUAGGAUGUAAUGUCAGUGUUAUGUAGUCAACAAGAGUGCCCUUUCCUGUAUUGGUCUGUCAACAAAUCACGAUAAUGUACUCUUCACUUUUUUCUUACGUAUACAUAUUCUUUUAUUGUAUAUCAAUCAAUCAACUUAUUCUUCAAA